AGGGAGGAGGGCAUUCCUUGCCAAGUCCGACAGCAAUGGGUGAGCGUUCAAACAUUUUCGCAGGAAAGACAAGACUGACGGCGAGCAAGGCCAUCAAUUACGGACCACUGUGGGCCAACGAUGGGCUGCUGUGGGCCCCCUCUCCGCCGGAGCAGGAGGCAUGUCCUCUGGGUUAGGUCAGGCCUCUCUCUUCGAGAUCGGACUCUGCAUCCCUAGCACCUGCUCCUCAUCGGAUCUUCGGGCGUCGCUGGACGAGACGGUGAAGAAUUACUCGUUGGCUUCAAAUGUUCUGAGCUGUGAUGACGCCAGUCAUAAAGCGUUGAGCCCGGCUGAAAUCGGUGUAACGAUCAUGUUCGCGAUCAUCGGGUUGUAUUUGCUGGCCGGGACUGUCCUAGACAUUUACCAGAGAAUUUCUUGCAACAAGCAACUCCAAGGAAACACAAGGAAGAUCCUAAUAGCGGGCUCAAUUCUUACCAAUGGGGAAAGGAUACUUUCGACCAAGACCAGGAAGGACAACAUUGGAUGUCUCAACGGAAUCAGGUUCAUAACGAUGACGUGGGUGGUGCUCGGGCAUGUUUACUCCUUCAAGCUCAUAAGUAUUCCUGCCGUCAACCCCAUAAGCUAUAUAGAGAUGGUAAACGAUUGGAAGUUCAUGGCGAUCGUAAAUGCAGUCGUGUCCGUAGACACGUUCUUCUUCCUCAGUGGCCUCCUCGUCACCUACCUUCUCCUGAAAGAAUUGGACAGGAACAAGGGGAGAUUCAACAUCUUCCGCUUCUACUUCCAUCGAUAUAUCAGGUUGACGCCGGCCCUUGCCCUGCUCAUCGCGUUUACUACGGUCUACAUGAGUCGACUCAGGUCUGGGCCUUAUUAUUUCAACCUCCAUCAAUUUCUCACGAAGGCCUGCGAAGACUACUGGUGGAGGAAUCUCCUCUACAUCAACAACCUCUUCAAGCAGGAAGAAAUGUGUGCAGCACAUACGUGGUACAUGGCCAACGACAUGCAAAUGUACAUCAUCUCACCACUCUUCAUCUUUCCCCUCUUUAUGUGGCCGGUUUGGGGUGUUUGCCUGGCAGUUGUGGGUACGGCAUUGAGCGCCUUAGCUACGGUCUUGGUUAUGAAGACCUACGAUUUGCCUGGAACCACUACUGGCUACGAUGUCAUGCACCCCUUGCCCAACACGAACAACUUUGACCUCUUUUAUGUGAAACCGUGGAUGCGACUAGGUCCCUAUCUUAUUGGAAUCCUCACCGGAUACCUUCUCCAUCGCAUGAAGAAGACAGGAUUCCGAUUUCCAAAAGGGACAGCAGUGUGGGGAUGGGCGAUGGCGACAGCGUGUAACCUCGCCGUACUCUACGGUAUCUACGGCUACAUGCCCCUGGAUUCUCCUCAGAUGCCUCGCGACCUUCAGCUCACCUACAACGCCCUCUUUCGAAUAGCCUGGGCCUGUGGAGUUGCCUGGGUCGUCCUCGCGUGCGCCGCCGGCAGCGGAGGUUCCAUUGAUGCGCUUUUGAGCUGGAAAGCCUUCAUUCCCUUGGGACGACUGACCUAUUCUGCCUAUUUGACCCAUGUUUACAUUCUGCCCUGGUUCUGGUGGAGUACCAAGACCUCAAUUACUGCCUUGCAGGUGAUCGAUUUCCUGGCCACGGUUAUCAUCAUCCAUGCAACCGCUUUCAUUCUGACUCUGAUCGGAGAAUCCCCAAUCCUCGUCCUUGAGAAGACCUUCCUCUUCCCAGGAGAGUCGAAGCCAGCCACAACCAAGCAGAAUGGAGCAGAAACAGUCCAUGAAGAAGGCGUCACCGAGGCUGGAAUUGGGAAUGAGGGAUCUGUGGAUGCAGAGGUCCACGAAAAGGGACUCGUCAAGGAUGGAAUGGAUAAUAAGGGAUAUGUGGAUGAGGAUCGCGGGAAGACCAAUGGAUUCCCAACUUGAUGACCUUUUAGAGCAAACUCCAACCAUGUUUCCUUUCUCUGAAUAAAACAAUUUAAUAUUCUGGAUAAAAGCAGUACAAUUUCUUUCUGGUUUCCAUUCGAAUGGGUCAGUGCCUCUUGAUCGAUUCUAAAA